AUGGUAACAUCGGAUGAAGUUGGAGAACCUCCAGUCAUUCAUGUUACUGAUUAUAGCAGAAACACCGGUUCUAGAGUUAUGAUAACAUCAAAUAAAGUAAUAAAAUCUAAACGCAUUCAUAUUCCUGACUAUAGCAAAAACGCUGAUUCGAGAGCUAUGCUAACAUCGGAUGAAGUUAUAGAACCUCAAGUCAUUCACAAUCCUGAAAAUAGUAGAAACACUAGUUCGAGAUUUAUGGUAACAUGCAAUGACGUACAAUCUCCAGCCACGCACUAUCUUGCAAACACAGAGACUCCAUAUCGAGUGACAGAAGAUGCACAGACUGAAUUUGGAAAUGUAAUUAAUAAAGCAUUUCAUCUUGCCUAA